CACAAAACCCACAGCUUUACUCACCAGAGCUCCCUCACCCUCACCACCAUCAUGGGCACGCGUCACCUGAUCCUCGUCUACUACAAGGGCGAAUACCACAUCGCCCAGUGCGGUCAGUGGGAUGGCUACCCCGAAGGCCAAGGCCUCGUCGUCCUGAACUUCAUCCGCAACCCCGUCAACCUCGCAAAGCUCCAAGCCGCCAUCGACAACAAACGUCUGUACAAGCCGACCGAGGAGCAGGUGGAGGAAAUCCGCCGGAAGAACAACGAACUCGAGUACGAGAUGCAUGAGCGCGAGUACAAGAGGAAGCAGCGCCAACUUGAGACGCGCUACUCUGCCCCUACCAUCAUUUGUCCUACGCUCUCGCGCGACACCGGCGCCAGCAUCUUGCAGAUCGUCGCUGACGCCACGGAGCCGGUGCCUAUCCAACUUGAGGUCGAGUUCAUUGCCGACCAGCUGUACUGCGAGUGGGCUUACCUUAUCGACCUGGAUGCCCGCGUCUUGGAGGUGUACUCGGGAAAUUUUAGCGGCUUUGACCAGCCUCAGGUCCAAAAGUCUACGCAUGGUCGCUUCCCAGACUGGAACGUCCCGGACUUGGUCGCAAAGUUUACGUUCGACAAGAUGCCCGAGCCUCACGACAAGCCCGUGACCGAGCCAGUGAGUGUCGAUGCCUGA